CAUCUAGCAUAGUUGCUGCCAGUACAAGCCAACAUCUAGCAUAGUUGCUGCCAGUACAAGCCAACAUCUAGCAUAGUUGCUGCCAGUACAAGCCAACAUCGAGCAUAGUUGCUGCCAGUACAAGCCAACAUCUAGCAUAGUUGCUGCCAGUACAAGCCAACAUCUAGCACAGUUGCUGCCAGUACAAGCCAACAUCUAGCACAGUUGUUCUACGGACAAACUGACAGUGACGUAGAAGCACAGUUGCUCUAACCCCACUCACGUACAUUCCACGAGGUCUCCAAUGUGAGUACGUCACACACACACAAACCCCCGUUGCCAUGGCUUCCAAACUGCUCACAGCACUUCUGACUCCCGACAGAAAUAAUCAUGUCGUCAGUGCCAGCAGCCUAUCCAACGACUCUCUGAUCACGAACUUUAACCUCACUUCAACAAACAACACCUAUAACGACACCAUCAGUCUUUCUCAGCAACACGGAGAGUACAUCUCCCAGACUUCUUACGUGUCUGACUACGGCGAAUCUCUGUCUCCUGUAGUGAAUGAUCUAUCUGGCGAGGAAUCAGUAGUCCGGAGUGUGUACAACACAAGUGUGAGCGUGUUCCGGGAUGUGCUGAGAGCGUCCAACACACCGCUGACCGCGCCAGAGCUAGGGCUGGUCACUGUGUCCAGGGAGGACUUCGGACAACUGGGUGCUGGACGUCUGGAGGGGUCAUCGGGUCAUACCGCAGAGCUGGCCUGGCUUAUACCUGCCGUCAUAGG